AACAAGACGCAAACUCACACAUACACACACAGACUCCCUCCCCCACAUUGCAUCCGUAGAAGGAGUUAUCCUGCUACCAUCAGCGAAUUAGAAAGAAACUCCUUGAACGGGAAGGAUGGCCCAAAGUUUUCCGUCGUGCGUGAGGAUGUAGUGUUCGUGUGGCUGGAACGGUGGAACUACGCCUACACGUAAUGCGUGGAUCGUCCACGCGAAACUAGUGAGAACUAAGGGGGAAGCAACAGCGAAGUGGCAGUGUUGUCCAUCCCACAGGGAUAACGCAGCACACAACGGCAGUGGCCAGUGCUGAAUGGUGUUGACGCACCUAUAGAAAGAUUCCCAACCAAAGUGAAAGUGGUCCUUGGUAGUGGCGUUCUCACUUCCGAACUCCACGUCCACCUGCACCGUCAGCACCUGUGCCGUGCGUAUCAGUGUCCAUCGAGCUCUUAUCCGAACCCGUGUGGGUGGUGUAGUAAGCGCAGCGGCGAGCGAGUGGUACGAUGGCAGGUGAUUUUUCGGGUUGCACCGCGCGGAAGAAAAAUCGGGCCCAAUCCAUCGAGUACAACCCGGUGAAGACGGAUGGGAGUGGAGAAAACUCGAAACAGCCCACCAACCCGCUGACCACCCGGAGCGGACUGCGGGUGUACAAGAUCGUCAUCCUGGGCGAUGGGGGCGUUGGAAAGUCGGCCGUCACACUCCAGUUCGUGAGCCAUAGCUUCCUGGACUACCACGAUCCGACGAUUGAGGACUCGUACCAGCAGCAGGCCGUCAUCGAUGGGGAAGCCGCCCUGCUCGACAUACUGGAUACGGCCGGCCAGGUGGAGUUCACUGCCAUGCGCGACCAGUAUAUGCGUUGCGGCGAGGGUUUCAUCAUCUGUUACUCCGUCACGGAUCGGCACAGUUUCCAGGAAGCGUCCGAGUAUCGGAAGCUGAUCGCACGGGUGCGGCUGACGGAGGACAUACCGCUGGUGCUGGUGGCAAACAAGCUGGACCUGCAGUCCCAGCGCAAGGUCACGACGGAGGAGGGCAAAACGCUGGCCAAACAGUUUGGCUGCCCGUUCUACGAAACUUCGGCCGCCCUGCGCCACUACAUCGAUGAGGCGUUUUUCUCGCUCGUGCGCGAGAUACGGCGGAAAGAGGAACAGCGGGCCCUGAAUGGUGGCUCCAGCUCGGAAAAGAUACACCCAAGACGGCGCAGCCGCUGGUGGCGAUUACGGUCAAUAUUUGCCCUCGUCUUUAGACGCCGCCGAAAUGCUACCGGCAUCAAUCAGUAGGCAACCCAACUGAACGGGAAUCAUCGAAAUGGUGGUGUCAGGGAAAUGUCCAACCGUUCGGUUGGGAGGAUUAGAUGAGUCAUCCGCUCCGCGGAAUGGGAGGGAUCAGAUAAAAGCUGGUGGUGCUUUUGAAAAGCACGUUUUCACACGGUGUUCAGUUCAGGAUAGGUGUCGUUGUACUGCUGACAUGAUGUCCCAUCGAUAUGCGUCUGUCCUCUGGACUAUUUAUUUUUCUGUGGAUUCUUAGCCCCUUGGUGUAGUCCGUUGUAGUGUGUUCUAUUUGUAGCUAACGCUCUUCAAUCAACGAACAUCAAGCUUGUAGUUUCCCCGUAGACCCGGAAGAAAAGAACAAAAACUCCCAUACUAAAGAGGAAUGAUAGUUAUAUGUUGUAAUAAGUCCAUAGGACGCAACAGAUUGUGAAGGCAGGAUCAACGAAAUGAAGGGAAAACCCAAACAAUUGUUUUGCACACUUCCAAGCUUCGAAGAAGCAAACGAAUGGUAAGCAAACCUUCCUUGCUUAGGCUUUGUUGGAUGGACUAUAAUAGUUCCUUUUACAAAAAUAGUAUAGAAAUGUUUAUUUUAUUAUGUCCUUACCCAACUCGUCGAACACAGCAGCAGUUUAUGUAUGCAUUGCGUUGACGCGCAGUAUUAAGGAAUUGAGGAAAGUCGUUCAUUGUUGAUUGAGAAUUGCGCAAACAAAUCACGUUUGUUGUUUUUGACCAGUUUAAGGAUUUCUUUGAGAUUUCUCACUUUAAUUAAUUUAAGCAAAGCUUAGCUACGAUUUAGCUACAUUAUUAUUGAUCUGAAGCUAGUACAUAUGUUAACACAAAUCAACGAAUCUUUACAAAUGCUGUUUUUUCUUUGCGAUUGUUCACGAAGCGCAUCACCUUACAUUGCGAUAUGAUGGAUGAUGAAAGUAUAUUCUUGGUUGAAUUUCUCUGUCUCAAGUAGGGAUUGGAAUAGAAAGUGCAUGAAUAAUUAGCAAAGCAUAAGAAGGAAAACAAAAGUGUAAUUCCAAAAGAAUCAUAGAAAGAGUUUACACAGUAUAGUGUUUGUAGCUCUGUAGUAUGGUUAGACUUAGUUUCGCAUCUUACCAUUCGCUGCAAGGUUUUACAAAUCUUCAUACCCUUCAUCGUUACAAGUAAGCAAAAGCCACAUUCAACCAGAAACUAGUGAGCCACCAGUCUGUUUCUGGUAAAUGUACUGAAACACACAUAACGGAACUCUACAACAAAAAACGAAACAAAACAAAACAAAACUACCAAAAAGCUAAACUAAACUUAUCUAACUAAAAUAUCUGUGAUGUAUGCCAAAACCAAGAAACUUUUAAUCUGCAUAUUUUUCUUCAAAAUGUGUUAUUUUUAGUUGCAUUACCAUUUCCUACUCUACCUUCUACUUUAUGUACCAUUACGCUACUCCUUGACUAUGUGAGGUUUUAUACUGAAAUAUUAUUUUUGUUGUUAAUCCAUAUUGCAAAAGCAGUAUGACGAAACGAAAACAUACCAAUCGCAGUUCAACUACAUACAGGUCUUCUCGCGAAGCACGCAAGUUAAAGCAAACUCCUCUCAACCGAUAGGAACAAAGAUGUUCCUUCACAGGGUUGAACAGAUAAUAUUUGUAUAAAGUAUCGUAUCCAAUAGUACACAGGUCGCAGUAAAACCGGCAGGUAUUCAAACAGAUUGUAAGAUUUCUAGUCCGCCAUUAGAAAGAGAGGAAGGUGUAAACGGGUAUAGCGUUUGCGAAAUGAAUGCAUUUUUUGCUUCAAAAUCAGCAGGUGCAAGUGUUUCAGAAUAGAUUUCUAAGUUGAGCAUGCGUUAAAAGGUAAACGAUUAUGUUCCUUUUCUUUUAAAUAUUAGUUUAAUAAUCUUUGAGAUUGUUAUCCUUUAAACGUAUACACUUUUACGAUCUGUUAUUAAUUUUUUCUCAGUUUUAUUUAAAAAAAAGUCGAAGAAAGUUUGCAAAACUACGAUUACCAAUUGUUAAAAAAAACCAAAGAUAAAUCAAAGGAAGUAAACAGCGUAACGCUACUACACACAUUGCACAUAGCAGCAGCACACAAACAAACACAAAACAUCCCGCGGGCACAUACAGAAACAAUCGAAAGCAAUAGAGCAAAUUGUACGUAAAUAUGGGGCAAAAGGUAAAUCGCGCUACAUGUAAUAACAGCAUUUAGAGUGCUGAAGUUGUUCUUCCUCCCUCGAACCCACUACUACCCGCCCAUCCCCACCCCACCCCCUUGUCCACAGUUGUCAAGCAGCUGUUUAGAGCUUGCAUUGUACAAACGAAUAGUAUGAUAAGCACCAGAAAGAACCAAUUUCAUAGUGUGUGUGGUGUGUUAAACACGCAAAUAGUAAUGCGUUAUCCAUCGCCCAUUGAUAGAAAUAGGGAUAGAAAGAGAGAAAGAGAGAGAGAGAUAAAAAAUAGACGAACGAUGAACAAGUAGCAGGAUCCAUCCAAAAGUGUAACACUAUACGUAUGCGAACAUUGGUUUAAGUAUCUUCGUUUUAACCAGACAGCCUUGUCAGGGCUUUAAUUUAACUCGUACAUUGUCUGGCUUUAAUUUAAGUCGUACAUUGGCAUCGGAAUUGUUUAAACUUCGCAUAAACAACCAACCCCAGUGUGUGUUCGCUUAGUUUGCAAGAGCAUUUAGUUGGGAGAAAAUACAGAACAGUGCUAAGAGUAGUAGCAUUAUUUGUUUCAGGACAAUCGACGUUCCCUCCUCGUCCCUUUAUUCAAUAUGGUACAGUAUUUUAUUAGAGCGAGUGACAAUAAUUGAUAUGCAAAAGCGCAAAACAUAAAACAGAAUACACAGUAUUGCCCCGGCUAGUUUGUUAGAUUGAGAUUGAGUUUGCUGCAGGUGAAUGGUAUUCCUUACUGCUGGAAUUGAUCCAAUUUGGUACGUUAGAAAUACGAAUAAUGUCGAUUGCA